AUGGCGCAGGCAGCUACUCUCGACAAUACGAUGGGUGCGAUGUUCAUCGGGGUACUAUUCGCUGCAGUUCUUUACGGAGGUGAAUGGACAACCAACAACCAUAACAAGAUUGCUGAAGUUUCCUCUUCGGAUCUGUUGCUUUUAGCUGCCUGCAUUCAGACGUGGUACUAUUAUAUACAUCAAAAGGAUCGAUGGCCUCUCCGUUUUUUGGUUGCUGCGGUCAUGAUCGUCGACACUCUCCAUCAGGCUCUGAUCGCUCACACCGUAUAUACAUACCUCAUAACCAACUUUGGAAAUGCCCCGGAGCUACUGAAUACGGUAUGGAGCUUAUUGGCGGAAGUUUUGGUCAAUGUGCGCAUUCUUGAUUAUCAUCUGGGCAUCUGGGCUACUUCUGAUCAUCGUUCUGAUUCUAGGGCUUCACGGCUGUAUUUGUUCAAAGGCUCGUAUAACCCCCCAAUCAUCAAUGAAGGUGGACGUCAAUCUUACCCCCCGAUAACAGUUUCUUGGCUCAUAGAGUCUGGCAAUGUUGAGCAAUUAACAAUCUUUGCGACAUUUCUGUUAGUGGCGGCUGAAUUCGUUUCCGUCUUCGUUUUUGGUGUGAUAGGCCUUACUCGUGUCCAUACCUUCGUGGAACUAUCGGACAUCUUAAAGAGUCUUUCCAUCACUGUAAAUGUCCUCGCUGCUGUGGCGGAUACCUACAUAGCUGGUCUUCUCACACUCCUUUUGCAUACAUCGAGGACAGGUUUCCAAAGAUCGGAUUCGAUUAUCAACAAGCUGAUCAUCUUCUCAAUCAAUACUGGUGCCCUUACAAGUCUUUGCGCCAUCGCUUCUAUGCUAUCUAUUCUCCUUGCCCCCGCCACGUUCAUAUACAUAAGUUUCUUCUUCUGUAUGGGCAGACAAAUGAUGGAUAUUUAUGCCAAUUCCCUUUUGGCUACUCUGAACAUUCGAACGCUUAUACGAAAAGAGGGAGGUUCCAAUGUCCAGGCUAGCGGUGAUACCGGCUCAAUUCCGCUGGGAAAUUAUAACACCUCCAUUUUCAACCCCCCAAGCACCAUUUCUGUCAAGAUCGACACAAGCAGAGAGUAUACGACUGACCGGGAGCGAGAACAGAAGCACAGAACUCGUGAUACAACCAAAGAAAUUACGGUCUCAACAAGGGCAUUUAACUCAGAUUCAGAAUAUCAUGAAGUCAUCCAGUACAACACAAAAGCUAUGACAAGUGGAAAAAAAAUUAAACCACCGAUUACACCUGCUGCGGCACUUCGUGCAACAGAUAGCAUCGGGAUCGAGGUAGCGGCUUCCAGAACGGAGACCCCGAUGGGACCAGUUGUAACUCCCAUGAAUACUGUCAUGAGAAUGAUAACGACAUAUGCAAAUGUUCUCCUCCAUAGAACUCGGUUUCCAGUGUCAGAAUCGUCAUCAAAGAAGUCGUCCGGUCCAGAUGAAUCGGAAUUGGAGCAAGAAUACGACGGGGAGGGUGAUCACGGCUCCGCCUACUGCUCCCGCUUUGGCAGAGGAAAGAGAUGCGAUUCUAUAGGAAGAAGGUUGAGCGGCUCGGAAGAUGGCAUGGCCAACAACGAUGUAAAUGACGGAAAGUAA